UACCAGUGAACUGACGAACAAGACUCACUCGAAGGAAUCUUCCACUGCCAAGCCAUGAAGUAUCCACUUCUGUUGUUAGGAAGCCUCAGUUUGGCCCACGGACUGGCCUUGUACUAUCCUUAUGCGUACACUGCCGAGGGAUCCGCCGUGUUCACGCCCACCCAGAGCCAGUAUAUCGCCAAGGAUGAGUUAGGUCAGUACUCCUAUGGCUAUUCGGAACCCUUGUCCAGCAAACAGGAGACUCGCACUCUUGACGGGGUCACCCAAGGAUACUAUAGUUACCGGGAUGCGGCGGGCAAGUUGCAGAGAGUUAACUAUGUGGCCGAUAACGAAGGUUUCCAUGUGGCAGCCACUAAUCUGCCAAAGACCAAAGUAUCCGAGAAGUCGCUUGAAUUUACUCCCAGGAGCGCGUCCUAUCCGGUAGAUCACCAUGUCGAACAUCCAGCGGAGGUGCCGCACUCUAUAGUUCUGAAUCCUUUUGGCCAUAAUCCCGUUGCGGUUCCACAUCAUCAAACAGUAGUUGAGAGCGGCCGAAGUGCCCAUCCAGAAGGACAUCAUCCCAUUGAGCACCACGAGCAUUCCGUUCCUGUAGUUCAGCAUCCCGUUGGCCACCAUCCCAUUGAGGUUCCACAUCAACAUACUGUUGUUGAGACCGGCCGCAGUGCUCACCCAGAAGGACACCAUCCCGUCGAGCACCACGAGCAUUCCGUUGCUGCAGUUCAGCAUCCCGUUGGCCACCAUCCCGUUGAGGUUCCACAUCAUCACACAGUAGUUGAGAGCGGCCGAAGUGCCCAUCCAGAAGGACAUCAUCCCGUCGAUCACCACGAGCAUUCCGUUGCUGCAGUCCAGCAUCCCGUUGGCCACCAUCCCGUUGAGGUUCCACAUCAUCACACUGUUGUUGAGAGCGGCCGAAGUGCUCAUCCAGAAGGGCACCAUUCGAUUGAGCACCCUGAGCACUCGGUUUCUGGCUCAGAUCCAGCCGGACCCCAUGGUGGCCACUCCCAAUUGCCUCAUCCUGUUUCUGAUACCGCGGAAGUGGCUGCGGCCAAGUCCCUUCAUCUUCAACGUGUCCAUGACGAAGGGGUGCGCAACCAGGUGCUGACCAAGAUUCCAGUUGCAGUGGCUCGCAGCCACCAUGUCGUGGUUCCAGCUCCAGUCUACGGAUAUACCAUUCCCAGGUACUACACCCCCGGAUACUACUUCUGAACAGCAGCUGCCUUAGCCCGAUUUGGUUCAUCAUUCAAGAAUUUCGAA